UUUAAGAAAAAAAUUGAAUCAGAUUAAAAUUGUGGAUGGAUUUUUUUGUAAUAACCAGUUAAAUUCGCAAUUUCGUUACAUUUUUUCGGGUUUUUCCAGGAAUUGAACGAGAAAGUGUAAAUGCUGGUGAUGAUGAUAAACAAACUUGAAGCAUCGUAAUUUGUGACCAAAAAUGGUCACUCGGAGUUUCUCGGAGUAAUAAUAAUCGAGACCAGUGCGCUGUGCAUGAUUUUUGUAUCCAACCGACCAAUAUGGGUGGCAUUCCAGUACUGUCCCUACCGAUUCGGCUUUCGAAACGAGGUCUCUCAAUAAGUUUGGAACUAAUGGGACCCAGUUUUUCGGAGCAGCAAUUAUUUCAAUCAGUACGUUGGAUAGAAAAAGAAGUUGAUGAUUUUUUAGAAAAGCGCAUUAUAAUUCAUAGUAAUUUUACUAUGUGCUUCAUUCGAGUGUUUGUUUUUUACGGGCCAGCCGUUCGCGAUUUCGGAACGCGAACAAAAUUAUCGGAUUGUCGGUUUGUCGGAUCGGGAAAAUUUUUUCCUCAGUGUCGGCGAAUGCGCUCGAGCUCCUCAACCUUCCUCGAUUUCGGAUAUUGGACAACGUCGGAGGACAUUGUGACGAAAGCUGCUAACCGGCGAGCUGGCGCACUGUUCGCGGAACGCAAUUUCAGUACAUCUGCCGUGCCGUUAAAUGCAGGCUUUCAGACGCUAAGUGUGAUGCAACCCCUGUGCCGCAUUCGUGGGUGGUGCUACCACCAUGAAUUGAAGUUAAUGAAAAAUAAUUAAAAUAAAUAAAAAUUUUAAUUUGUAACAAAUGAA